AUGACCAUGCAGAAGUGCAGGGCUGUCAAUUCCGCCCUGGGGUCGAAGGCAUUCGUCCCCGCUCCUCGCGUUCAAUUCCAGGCGCAGCGCCGAUUCCUCCAAGAUGUCGCGAUUACUAGAACCGGAAAGCCGAUUCUGAAGGUCCAGGGUGGACGGUCGUCUCUUGGAGGUUAUACCGCAACCGUCUUCGGUGCCACCGGUUUCCUGGGUCGUUACAUUGUCAACAGACUCGCUUCGCAGGGAUGCACGGUUGUUGUUCCCUACCGCGAAGAGAUGGCUAAGAGACACCUGAAGCCCACUGGUGACCUUGGCAGAGUUGUUUUCAUUGAAUACGACCUGCGGAACACCCAGUCGAUCGAAGAGAGCGUCCGUCACUCCGACAUUGUCUACAACCUUGUUGGCCGUCAAUACCCUACCAAGAACUUCUCCUACGCCGAUGUUCAUGUCGACGGUACAGAACGCAUUGCAGAGGCGACCGCCAAAUACGAUAUCGACCGUUUCAUUCAUGUCUCUUCUUACAACGCUAACAAGGAUUCUCCAUCCGAGUAUUUCUCUACAAAGGGCUGGGGUGAAGAAGUGGCCCGCUCCAUCUAUCCCGAGACCACCAUUGUCCGACCCGCUCCUAUGUUCGGAUUCGAAGACAACCUUUUCCACAAGCUCGCUAGCGUGGCCAACCUUUUUACCGCCAAUCACAUGCAGGAGCGCUUCUGGCCUGUUCACGCCCCUGAUGUUGGCACUGCUCUCGAGCAUAUGCUUCACGAUGACUCCACUACGGGUGAGACCUAUGAGCUCUACGGUCCCAAGAACUACUCUACCGCUGAGAUUGCCGAGCUCGUGGACCGUGAAAUCGUCAAGCGCCGUCGUCACUUGAACUUGCCCAAGCCUGUUCUCAAGUCUUUGGCACACUACCUGAACAAGUACCUCUGGUGGCCCACCAUCUCCGCCGACGAGGUCGAGCGGGAGUUCAUCGACCAGAGAAUCGACCCCACGGCCAAGACCUUCAAGAACCUCGGGAUUGAGCCAGCUCAGCUGGAGGACCUCACCUUUCACUACCUGAAAGGUUACCGGAGCGCUUCCUACUACGACCUGCCCCCGGCCACAGAGCGGGAGAGACAGGAAGAGAGGAAGUACGUGCAUGUUCUCGACGACCAGUAA